AUGGCUCAUGCCUUGGAGGACUCCAUUAACUCAACAUGGGUGGCAUCCCUUCUGCCUCAUUUCUCAACAUGGGUGGCAUCCCUUCUGCUUUAUAUCUCAACAUGGGUGGCAUCCCUGUCUGCCUUCCAAUUCGCCAGUAGGACGGCAGGAGGGGUGCCCGAGUGCUCCCUUGGCAAAGGAGUUAGGGCUGGGCAUGCUGGCCGCCCGGCCCUACAGAUCGGUGUAGUGGGCACUUGGUCUCCUGCAAAACGGUUCCGGGGCCUCCCCUUGGUAAAGGGAGUUAGCAGCUGGGAUACUGGCGCCCCGUGCAAGUCGUCCCUACCUUUGGCUAGCGGCCCCAGCGAGGCAGAUGAGCCCGGACAGUUAAACGGGGGUCCGCGCCUGAUGGCAUAUGCGAACCGGCUGCUGGGUUACGGGAAGGUGAGCUGGGGGUGGUGCCCUGGGUCCACUCACUGGGCCGUAGCCGACCAGGAGGAGAACUUCUGGUCGGGCUCGAGAGGUCAAAAUCCGCUGCCGGAUAUGGCUAAGCUACCUUUGAUACAGGCAAUUCCAUUCACGUUCUUAUUACUUCCAGCUGUUCUCCUCGUAAAUCCACUACUGUUGAAGUUCAAAGAAGAGGAAGAAAAGAGCCUUAGUCAACAAGACGCGUACCCGCGUUGA